AAACACCAAAAUGGUCCAUAGUAAAUAAAACACACUUCAUUUACUCUCUCUCUCUGAAGAAAAGGAACACUUGGUUCCUUGGCUUCUUGCUCUAAGCACUUUGUUCACCAUCUCGCAGAUCCAAAUCUGAAAUAGAAUCCCCUGAAGCUUUGAUCGAUAGCUGACACAGUCCUUUUCCAUGGCCAAUGCCUGGAAAAGAGAUAAACCCACGCGACUACUCUCUCCCAAGUUACUCUUCCUACUCUUCUCCUUCAUUCUCAUCCUCUUCUUCUGCUUCUGCUUCUUAUUCCUCACCUCGCGCCCCUCAAACCCUAACCCUACCCUCACAGCCCUCAAUGCUCGCAUCUCCUUCAAUGCAAUUUCCCCCUUCGACUGCACCGGAUCCCCGCAGGCCCACCCCGUCGUCGCCAACACCGUCGAAGGCGUUCGUCACCCCUUCAUGUUCUCCCUCUCCGACUUCGGAACCCUACCCGACAAGCCCCACAAGAACAUCGUGAGGAUGCUCAAAGGGAAGCCCUUUCGCAAGCCCGACAUCUCCGUCACCGUUCAGGAGGUUCUGGAGAAGGCCAAGGCCGAAGGCAGAGAUGGGUUUUUCGUCGACGUGGGUGCCAAUGUUGGCAUGGCCUCCUUCGCCGCCUCCGCUAUGGGGUUUCGGGUUUUGGCCUUCGAGCCUGUGUUUGAGAAUUUGCAGAAGAUCUGUGAGGGGAUUUACUUCAAUAGAGUUGCGGAUUUGGUCACUGUGUUUGAGGCUGCUGCGUCGGAUCGCAUUGGUAACAUUACCGUUCACAAGUUGGUUGGUAGGCUGGACAACAGUGCGAUCUCUGCCACAGGUGCAAAGAUGGCAUUCAAGUCCAAUGAAGAGAUAGCUUUUCAAGUAAGGACUGUUCCUCUUGAUGAAGUGAUUCCAAAAUCAGAGCGCGUGCUUCUGCUUAAAAUAGAUGUUCAGGGAUGGGAAUAUCACGUUCUUAAAGGAGCAUCAAAGUUGCUAUCAAGAAAAGGAAGCCAAGCCCCAUAUCUCAUAUACGAAGAAGAUGAGCGCUUGUUACAGGCCAGCAAUAGCACUGCAAAAGAGAUUCGAGACUUCCUCCGUAGUGUGGGUUAUCAUGAUUGCACCCAACAUGGCACAGAUGCACACUGCAUCAAGAAGGAUUGAUUAUAAUUUUGGUUUUCAGUUUUUUGUUGCCUAGAUGGAUAACCGAGUUAUUGCCAGUUGACCAUGUCAACCAUUUAUUGAGUGGUGAAUUGAUUGCCAAUGCUGAUGGGUACGAGUUAAGACGGGUGGCAACUACACCGCUAACUACAAGCUGCUUCGUGAUCUCUUUCUAUCCACGAAGUUUGAAAUGCGUGUUCUUGGACAAGCAUUUCCUUUAAUUGUGAUUAUUGGGUAUAUUUGUUUGGGUUUAGUACUUGUAUACAGGGCCUUUAUUUGUAGGCAUUCAUUAAAUGCGUUUCUCGAAUUUCCAAUUAUAUAUUAAAACCUGCUUAA